AUUUAUUCAUAAUAAACUAUAAAUUAACAACUUAAGAAAAUGAAGUUGUUUACAGCAAAUAAUGCAAAAAAUUCGAAUAUAAUCAAGUUUGCUACCAUUGGCGUUGUUCUUCUCUUCGCUUCGACAUUAAUUAUUCUUAAUGAUCCUGUGCAAAUGAUUGUAGAUUCGCAAUUGGCCAUGAGAACUGGUUCGUUAUUAUAUAGUUUUUGGAUUAAACCACCAUUGGAAGUUUUACUUAAGGUUUAUAUAUUCAACAUAACAAAUCUGGAAGAGUUUAAGCUUGGCAUUGAUAAAAAAUUGAAACUGCAAGAGAUUGGACCAUAUGUUUAUCAAGAGUUUCUGGAAAAUGUUAAUGCUUCGUUCCAUGAUAAUAAUACGCUUAGCUACUUACCAAAACGUCACGUUAAGUUUAUACCAGAAUAUUCAGUUGGUGAUCCAGAAGUAGAUCGUAUUGUUGCACCAAAUAUACCAUAUAUGGGUGUUACAUCAGCUAUAUCGAGCAUAUCUGGCUUCGCAGCUUUUGGUUUAAGAGUAUUAACGAAACAAUUCAAUGCGAAGUCAAUAUUAGAUAUCUCUGUAAAUGAAUACUUAUGGGGCUAUGAUGAUCCGAUGGUUAAUAUGGCGUCUAAAAUUGUGCCAAGUUUUAUAAACUUUGAACGUUUUGGCCUACUAGAUCGUAUGUUUGAUGAAGGCGAUAAUUUAAUAACUAUUCGACUGCCAGAUAAAAAAAAAUCAAAUUCAAAUGAGAUUAAAGAAGAAUUUCGGGACUAUUCAAUAGAAUCUUGGAAUGGUAAAAAAGGCAUUGGAAUAUGGGGUUUCAGUGACACUAAUAAUAAAAGCAACACGGCGUGUAAUACACUUAAUGGCGCUUAUGAUGGCACCCUAUUUCCACGUAAUAUUAGCGCAGGCGAAACUUUUCGUGUCUAUCGCAAGGCAUUCUGCAAAACUUUGCCGAUUACAUAUUCACAUCCUGGAAAAUUUAAUGGGAUCGAUGUGCUUAAUUUCAAAUUGCCAGAUAAUGCAUUUGAAACAAAUAUAAACGAUCCGGAUACUGCUUGUUUUUGUCAGGAAAAUAAAUGCCUUAAAAGAGGUUUGGGCAACAUUACUCCUUGUUACUACAAUAUUCCACUGGCAUUAUCAUUUCCUCAUUUCUUUAAUGCUGAUCCUAGCCUUUUGGAUGAAAUUGAAGGACUGUACCCAAUUGAAGCAAAACAUGGGACUGAAAUCGCGAUACAACCGCAACUUGGCAUUCCGAUGCGAGUGCAUUCCCGCUUCCAAGUUAAUCUUUUAAUGGGAGAUAUAAAGUUCAACUCGGAUAUGACACGGUUUCGUAAUACUGUACUUCCCAUAUUUUGGCUUGAUAUUGGCAUAGAGACGUUGCCUCCGCAUAUAAUAUUCCUGCUGCAACUUUUAUUUAAAAUAGCUCCCUAUGCGCAGCUGGGCGCCAUUAUUUUAUUCACCACUGCUGGCGUUUCACUCGUUGGCACAUCGCUUCUAUUGUAUAUUUGGCUACCAACUGCAUGGAAUUCCUUGAAUGUGACCAUGGAACAUACGUUAAGUGUGGAAGCUGCAAAAAUGACAAAUGUAUGCCUUAUGCCACUAUUAAAACAGUCAAAGGACAUAAAAGGCCAAUUGUGUAAACAGCAAAUGGGCAGCAAACCGGAGUACGAACUGAUAAUGCUUCCGCUGGAAAAGGAGUUGGAUGCGGAGGACUUCAUGGUAUAGGGGUUAGAAAUAGUACGAGUAUUUACAAUAUUUUUGUAAAUAUAUAAUUAAUUUAUGAUUCAAAAUGUGUAUAAGAGCAUAUGAUAGCUGUGAUAUUAAAAAAUAAGCAUUAAGCCUAAGAGUUUUGGUAAAAAUGAUUAAACAUGCAUAUGCAAAGAGAUAAACUAACAUGUAUAAGUGU